AUGUCACUCUAGACUAUGCCAGUGAUAUCACUCCGGGCGAGGCCCGUGACGUCAUUCCGCGCGUCACCAGCAGGCCCCGCGGUGGCGGGGGGAGGGGGCGGAGCACUGUGUUCGUCCCCUUCAUGUGCCCGUGACGUAACGGCGCGCCAGGCCCGCGCCGACGUCACUGCCGGCGGCGCCGCCGCCAUGUCGGGGGAGGCGGCGGAGCUGCUGUCGGCGGCGCAGGCGCAUCUGUCGGCGCGGCGGCUGUCGGCGGCGGAGGAGCUCUACAGCCGCUUCAUCGACCGCGGCCCCGCCGCCGGCACCGGCCGCGACCUCGCCACGGCCCUCAACAACCGGGGACAGAUCAAGUACUUUCGGGUGGAGUUCGCCGCCGCCAUGGAGGACUACACGGCCGCCAUCCAGUGCCAGCCCGGCUUCGAGGUGCCCUACUACAACCGGGGCCUGGUGCUCUACCGGCUGGGAUGCUUUGAUGAGGCCAUGAAAGAUUUCAGGAAGGUACUAGAGUUAAACCCCCAGUUUGAAGACGCUGCAUUGAGUCUAAAACAGGCUAUUCUUGAUAAAGAAGAAAAACAAAAGCGGGGUUAUUGAAAUUGCAGCUAGUGGUGUGAAAAUGUUUUGCUAAGCAUUUGUGUGAUUUUUGUCAUUGAUGGAUGAAGCACAAGAUCAUUUACAUCUGUUAUGACCUACGGAAGAAACCUCAUUCUUGAGUAAAUAAGUUAAAAAUGGAUUAUGAUGCAAAAGAAACUAUUUUUUGGAUGUUGUUAGUGUUGAGGAAAAGAACAAUGUUAGGUUAUGUGAGAUACUUAUACAGAUUUUGUACAGAAGUACUUCAUAAAGGGGUUGGAAGCUCAGUAACAGCUAAUGAAGUCUAGUCGUUUCAUUAAAACUGUCUUUGUACUCUUCCAUAGAUUGUUUUAAACAGUCUUUCGUGGGGAAGAAAAAGCAAACUGUAUAAACCAUUUAAAUACUUAAGAUUGGAGCAUGUGAGAAGUACAGUGAUUUAGCAGUGAUAGUGUUUGUCCACAUUUGUAAAUUGUAUUUAAGCUAAAAGUGCAAUUGUUAAUUAUAAGGUGCUGUACUUCAGAUGCUAUGGUAACUGAUUUUUCACUUCAGAGUGUUUCUGUAUUAAGAAACGCUUAAUGCAACCGGUAAGAUAUUUUUAGGUAACGCCAUUUGUACCUUGCAGGAGGAACAUGGUAUAAGAAUUCGAUCCUUCGUACAUUCAUUCACUCCUGGAGGUAGUUUUACAUUACAUAAACAGGUAGGAACAGAGCAUACUUAUUUUUUUGUAAUUCCACUGUAAAAGUAUUGGACAGAUGAAUAAUUGUGUGAAUAAAAAUGAACACGUA